CAGCGCUCACUGCAAAGCGUGUUUUAGUUGUUGAGAAAUCAUUCAGAAUGGCUGGUGUGUUCGACAAUCCCGUGUUCCCCUACUUUGCGUUCUAUGCCACAGUGGUGGUCUUGAAAACCAUGGCAAUGACUUUGGUCAUUGCAUUUCACAGACUGACCAAAAGGGUAUAUAUCAAUCCCGAGGACGCAUCCGGCCUGGGAGCACCCAAACCAACGACACAUGAAUCAGUUGAGAGGGUCCGCCGGUGCCACAUGAAUGACCUUGAGAACGUCAUCCCCUUUGUUCUGAUUGGUCUGCUGUACACAGCAACAGGCCCAAGUCUCGGCUCCGCUCUCCUGCACUUCCGCAUUUUCACAGGUGCCCGGUUUUUCCACACCAUCGCCUAUCUGUUACCCCUGCCUCAGCCAUCACGAGUCCUUGGUUUCCUCGCUGGUCUCUUGGCCACAGUGUCCAUGGCUUGGAGCAUCUUGUCUGCUACUAAAUAUUAGCUCCCCCAUAAGCUAUCAUACUGUAGGAUGUAAGGCUUUAGAAAAUGGUGGGAAAUAAUAAAUUGAUUGCUUAAAUGGCCUUUAAAAGAGAACUGUGGAUGAGUACCACAUUGUACAUGGCUCCAGUUGCAAGGCCUUUGUCCAGACAGGAAGUGGACACCAUGGAAUCUACCCUUUCUUCAUCAAUUUCAGAUGAAGAACUCAAUCAUUAUGUGACAUGUUGCAACAAAUAUAAUAGUAAAUGGACCAAGGUUUCACUAACAAAUGAAUUCUUUGAAUGAUGGUUCGAACCUGUAAAUUGUUUGUUCAUUUUCUAGGCACUAGUGAUGUAACGAUACGGCAUUACAUUUUUGUAUGGUGAUACAAGUCCCACGAUACAAUACAUAGAUUCACAACCCCUGUAUCGCAAUACAUGCAGAACAUUUCAUUACAAGUUGUAUUGUAAAACGAUGGGAAUAAUAACAGAAACUGUUCAGCAACCUGCUUUCAGAGUCUCUGGUAUUUCCAGUGUGGCUGUAAGUAGCAUAACAUCCCCUGUGUCCUCUAACCUAUAUGUUUCUGCCCUACAAUAUCCCAUCUCCGCUCCAUGAAAACUAAAAACAAAUGAUUCAGGGUUGUGAUUCACCUGCAAAGUACUGUAGCGGGAUACGAAUCGUAUCGCACCCAUAAUGUCGGGAUACGAAUUGUAUCGCACCCAUAGUAUCGGGAUACGAAUUGUAUCGCACCCAUAGUAUCGGGAUACGUAUCGUAUCGCUGCCCCACCGUACCAAUACACCUGAAGUCGGAAUGUGACAUGAGAUGAGUGAGGGACCAAAUAUUUGAUGCAAUAAAAGAAAAUAUUCACUGCAUGUCCCGGUAAAGGAUGUAAUGUUGGUAAAAACAAUCGUUUGGCUUUCUACUUUGAAAUCAGGGACAGAACAGUGUUCUGUCGAUAUCUAACAGAAACGUGUAAUUUGUGGCUGUGUUUUCAUGGAAGGUUCUUAAGUGUGUUGUACUAUCACUUUGGUGAUUUUGUUUUUAUUAGAUGAUGUUAGAGAUGUAAAUUUUAUUGGCUUUAUUAAAGGUUUGAACAGUA